CUCUCCUUUGGCUCAGCACCAAAACAUCCUCCGCUCCGCUUGCUCCAAAUCCGUCGCUCUGCUCCUCCUCCUCCUCCUCCUCCUACACCGCCCAAAUCCCAAUCGCAUCGGCAGCGGAAACCUAGGCGACAAACAAGUGCCACAUACUGUAUUCCCUCUUUGACCUUUUUCUCUUCGUCUACGGUACGAUUUUCUUUGUAAACCAAGGGAUUCGGAGAUGGCAGCGGUUGCUAGGCUGGAUCUCGACGGAAGCCCCAUCGCGCCCAUGACCAUCUGCAUGAUCGGGGCCGGUGGGUUCAUCGGAUCCCACCUCUGCGAGAAGCUGAUGGCGGAGACCCCGCACACGGUGCUGGCCGUCGACGUCUACAAUGACAAGAUCAAGCACCUGCUCGACCCGCCAGCCUACGCAGAGGGGCAGCAGGCCCGCCACCCAUGGGAUGGCCGGAUCCAGUUCCACCGCCUCAACAUCAAGCACGAUUCCAGGCUCGAGGGGCUCAUCAAGAUGUCCGACCUGACGAUCAACUUGGCGGCGAUUUGCACGCCAGCGGAUUACAACACCCGACCUUUAGACACCAUCUACAGCAAUUUCAUUGAUGCUCUCCCCGUUGCCAGGUACUGCUCAGAGAACAGCAAGCGUCUUAUUCAUUUUUCCACCUGUGAAGUGUAUGGAAAAACAAUUGGAAGUUUCCUGCCAAAGGAUCACCCCCUUAGAAAGGACCCAGAAUUCUAUGUACUUAAAGAAGAUGCCUCCCCUUGCAUUUUUGGUCCUAUCGAGAAGCAAAGGUGGUCAUAUGCAUGUGCAAAGCAACUUAUUGAGAGACUAAUAUAUGCUGAGGGUGCGGAAAAUGGUCUUGAGUUCACUAUUGUGAGGCCUUUUAAUUGGAUUGGACCGAGGAUGGACUUUAUUCCCGGAAUAGAUGGUCCUAGUGAGGGUGUUCCUAGGGUUUUGGCAUGUUUUAGCAAUAAUCUUCUACGUCAUGAGCCGCUGAAACUUGUUGAUGGUGGACAGUCCCAACGAACAUUUGUCUAUAUUAAAGAUGCGAUAGAGGCUGUUCUGCUUAUGAUUGAAAAUCCUGCUCGUGCUAAUGGUCAUAUCUUUAAUGUGGGAAAUCCUAACAAUGAAGUCACUGUAAAGCAACUUGCUGAGAUCAUGAUACAGGUGUAUUCAAAGGUGUCUGGGGAACCUCCUGCGGAGGUGCCUACCAUUGAUGUGAGUUCCAAAGAGUUCUACGGUGAAGGAUACGAUGACAGUGAUAAGCGAAUUCCUGACAUGACAAUUAUCAACAAACAGCUAGGCUGGAACCCAAAGACAUCCCUGUGGGACUUGCUAGAUUCAACACUGACCUAUCAACACAGGACGUAUGCAGAAGCCAUCAGGAGAGCAAUGGCAAAGUCAGUUGCAUCCAGCUAGAUGCCUGGAACCUGAUGGGUUUCUCAAACAGUCUAUUCUUAGUCCUUUUUAAGGUCGUAUACAUGUGAUGGGAUGCACUAUAUUCUUCGAUUAGCAUUCAUUUUUAUUUCUAAUGACUCAAAUGAGCAUUUAUUAAACAAAUUGAAACAAUCUAUUCUUAGUCCUUUUUAAGGUCGUA